AUGGCACCACCUCUCCACGAACCCGAAGUUGUAGAGACCCUACCGCUCUCUGAGAAACCCCAAGACCUCUGGAUAGAACAGGACGACAUAAGACAUCACAAUCCUGUCAUCGAGACCUCGGAGUACGCGUUUAAGGCAACGGAUCUCGUGCAGAUCAACGACGAAGGUGUGAAGCACGCAGCUAGACACAUCCGUCAGAAGCUACUCGUGGAGUCGUACACGCCACGGACGUGGCGCACGCACCCUUUACACAUUUGUCCUCCUGAACCGUACGACCCUGACGACCCCCUGACCAAAUCGGUGCUGGACUGGAUAUUCCUGAUUUCCUCGCUUAAUUUCAGCUUUUGGUCCGAGAAGGAGGGGCGACCGGAUCGGUAUGGUGUCGAAUGGCUCGCGGGUUGGGAUUCAAAAGAGAGGAAGGUGCAUACAGGGUAUUGGUCGUUGGUCGCUGCGUUGGAUAGAGCUUUGGAAGAGGACAUCCCGAUUACGGAUCCUCGAUUCUACUCGUCUGAGACGUUAUGUCCGGACAGCUUGAUUGAGCAUGUCUUCAGAGAGGCAAAGCAAUCGACGGAGUCAAUACCGCUGCUGAAGGAACGCGUGGGCGUCAUGCGUGAAGUCGGCUUCAUCCUAUGCAACAGCUUCGGAGGCUCAUUCAAAGGCUUCCUGGACGAGUUUCAGCGACGAUACGACGGCCAAGGAACAUCUCUUGAUCUCGUUAGAAUGGUCACGGACACAUUCCCUUCGUUCAGAGACGAAGUUUACUACGAAGGGACCAAAGUGUGCCUCUGGAAGCGCGCCCAAAUCCUCGUAGCAGAAACCUGGGCGGCAUUCUUCCCUUUCUCUGCCGAGGACCCACACCCUCUCUUCCCAGGUCCCAACGGGCCAGAAAUCCGCCGCCUGACGAUGUUCGCCGACUAUCGCGUCCCGCAGAUUUUGUACCACCUCUGCAUCCUCGCGUACCCACCAUCGCUCCUUCGGAAACUGCACGCCCACACUCCCCUCCCUUCUGGCUCGAAGGAAGAGGUGAGUCUACGUGCCGCGAGCGUCAUCGCCGUCGAGCGGGUACGUGAGGAGAUUUUGAGGCUGAUCAAGGAAGAGGAAGGUGGGGAGAACAGCGACAAGGUGUCGAAUGCUGGCGUGGUGAGCAGUGUCUUGAUUGAUUUUUAUCUCUGGGACCUUGCGAAGAAGGUAGAGAGCGGAGAAGAAAGGAUAGAGGGUAUAGAGACGGCUGAGUUGGUGUCUAUUCAUCGGACGAGGAGUAUUUGGUACUAG